AUGGCUAAUAUUAAAGAUGCUGAAUUUAUCUUACCUGAUGACUUUGAAGAUGCCUGCAGCUCAAGAGCACCAGUUUUCACUAGUCAUGAUCCAAUGUUAAUAUUGAUUAGGGAUUUUGAUUUACAAGUAGAUACUUUUCCUGAAAUUAUCAUCACUGAGGAAAUUCAAAGUCAAAUUACUAAUGCCGAUAUCUUGGUGGCAUUGAUUUUUAUGGAAGGCAAGCAUGAAAGGUUUAUUCAUUAUAUUGAAUGUGAUCCUAAAAGUUUUGAUAUUCACCCUCAAGAUUAUAAGUUAAGAAAUGUGAGAGUUGAGUAUCAAAUUAAAACUAGCAAAACAAGAGAUUUUGUCUUGCCAGGAACUUACUACUUUGUUUUCACAACCUCAUUAAAAUAUGGGCCAAAAAGACUUUAUUCUGAGGCCUUUCAAGUCUCUAAUUGA